UCUGGCUUCAGUUGAAGUUAGUUUGCUCUUCUCUGUUCCUGUUUGGAUGGUUAUUUCGACGCAAAAUUAUCUUCAGUAUUUAGGAAAAACUCCAAUUCUCAUGGGUUCGGUGGAUAAAUAUCAACAGCGCAAAUGGGGUAUGUGGAUCUUAAGUCUGGUUUGAAACCGAAUCUGGGCCAUUAGAGUAGUAAAUCCUCCAGCCCGACAGCAUGGAUCUGGUGGGCCGGUCCAGAGCGGAGAUAAAGCGCAGCAAUCCACAGCAGGACUUUGAGCUGAUCCAGAGGGUUGGCAGCGGAACAUAUGGAGAUGUCUAUAAGGCUCGAAACAUCUCUAAUGGAGAACUUGCAGCAGUGAAGAUCAUCAAACUCGAGCCUGGUGAUGAUUUUUCUAUCAUCCAGCAAGAGAUCUUUAUGGUGAAGGAAUGCACCCAUCACAACAUUGUGGCUUACUAUGGCAGCUACCUCUGCCGUGACAAGUUGUGGAUCUGUAUGGAAUACUGCGGCGGAGGAUCAUUACAGGACAUUUAUCAUGUUACAGGACCCCUCUCUGAACUUCAGAUUGCCUAUGUGUGCAGAGAGACUUUACAGGGUUUGGGAUAUCUGCACAGCAAAGGGAAGAUGCACAGAGACAUCAAGGGGGCAAAUAUUCUGCUUUUAGACAAUGGUGAUGUCAAAUUAGCGGACUUUGGAGUAGCUGCUAAAAUUACAGCCACAAUGGCAAAGAGAAAAUCCUUUAUUGGGACGCCUUACUGGAUGGCUCCAGAGGUGGCGGCAGUAGAGAAGAACGGGGGUUAUAAUCAACUGUGUGAUAUCUGGGCUGUUGGAAUCACAUCCAUAGAACUGGCAGAGCUUCAGCCUCCCAUGUUUGACCUGCAUCCCAUGAGGGCUUUGUUUCUGAUGUCUAAAAGCAACUUUCAGCCACCCAAGUUAAAGGACAAGAACAAAUGGUCUACCCCUUUCCAUAACUUUGUUAAAGUUGCUCUCACAAAGAACCCCAAGAAGAGACCAACAGCUGAGAAGCUACUCAUGCACACGUUUGUGGCUCAGAUCGGGUUGACUCGACGGUUAGCUCAAGAGCUGCUUGAUAAGAUGAACAACCCAGAUAAUCAUCAGUCUCACUUCAACCAGGCAGAUGAAGAUGACCUGGAGCCGCUCCCGGAGCGUCACACCAUCCGCUCAACUCACAGCAGGAAUUCUCGUGCUGAAAAAACCCAGUCACAGAUCAACUUUGACAAGUUAAAGUUCAAGCCCCCCAUGAUGAAGGAGACAGAAGCAAGUACUGAGAUAGAUGUGACUAAAGAAAAUAAUUUCUCAUCCCCCUGGAGCCCGAGUGCAGAAGGUCCCAUCUCCUCCAGGGGACACAUGGCUCCACUAGAAGAUGCUUUUGAGGAAGUUGAUAUCUCGACACUUAAACAGACUCCUCCACCUCUGCCGCCUAAGCCUCCUCAUGCACGGCCCACCAGUGUAUCUGAAGAAUUUAGUUUGAGUGACGGCUCAGCGACGGUGCGAAGGUACCCAGGUUCAGAUAACGGGGCGGCACCAGUGUCUCGCAGACAGAGCACACCUGAGAGAGGAAGCAACACAGAUCAUAACCAGUCUGAUUACACCUCUGUGAGCGUCAGCCAUUUGAGCCUUCUGUCACACAAUGCAGAUAAUGAAGACGAUUCAGAUGAAAGUCUGAAUGGAGAUGUGUCAAAGUCAACUCCCAGUCGCCCCCAGAGGAAAGAAAGAAAAGAUUUCCCUAAACCUGCUAUAAAUGGUCUGCCGCCCACACCUAAAGUCCUGAUGGGAGCUUGUUUCUCAAAGGUGUUUGAUGGUUGCCCUCUUAAAAUUAACUGUGCCACAUCAUGGAUUCACCCAGAUACUAAAGACCAGUAUCUGAUAUUUGGCACAGAGGACGGUAUCUACACUCUCAACCUGAAUGAGCUUCAUGAAGCCACCAUGGAGCAGUUGUUUCCACGGCGAUGCACGUGGCUUUACAUAAUCAAUAAUAAUCUGAUGUCAUUAUCAGGUAAGACGUUUCAGUUGUAUUCCCAUAAUCUGAUUGGGCUGUUUGAACAGCUCAGGAAACCAGGACUGGCCACGCAGUUUCACACCCACAGGUUUCCUGACAAGAUACUGCCCAGGAGAUUUGCUCUCACAACCAAAAUUCCAGACACCAAGGGCUGCCAUAAGUGUUGCAUUGUUCGGAAUCCCUAUACAGGUCAUAAGUAUCUCUGCGGUGCUUUGCAGUCUGGGAUUGUUUUGCUGCAGUGGUACGAACCCAUGCAGAAAUUCAUGCUUAUAAAGCACUUUGAUUUCCCGCUGCCCAGUCCUAUGCGUGUGUUUGAGAUGCUAGUGGUCCCGGAGCAGGAGUAUCCACUGGUUUGUGUGGCGGUCAGUCAGGGCUCAGAGCCCGAGCAGGUCGUACGCUUCCAAACCAUCAAUCUCAACUCAUGCUCGUCCUGGUUCACGGAGAUCAGCUCAGGUGGGAACCAGGUUGAUGCCAUCCAUGUGACGCAGUUAGAGAGAGACACCGUACUCGUGUGCCUGGACAAGAGUGUAAAAAUAGUGAACUUGCAUGGAAAGCUGAAGUCUAAUAAGAAACUGGCGUCUGAGCUGAGCUUCGAUUUCUGCGUGGACUCCGUAGUUUGUCUGCAGGACAGUGUUUUGGCCUUUUGGAAGCAUGGGAUGCAGGGAAAGAACUUCAGGUCCAAUGAGGUGACGCAGGAGAUUUCGGACCCGAGCAGAGUGUUCAGACUCCUGGGAUCAGACAGGGUGGUUGUGCUCGAGAGCAGGCCUACAGAUAACCCUACAGCUUUCAGUAACCUCUACAUCCUGGCUGGACACGAGAACAGUUAUUAGCACCGCCGCCAGGUGUCGGACACGCUGUACCUGGAGCCAUGGCAGUAAAUGGUGCAUUAACUUGGAAAGGCACUCAUGUGCUGGACAACCACAGCUGAGCUGAUGAGCAGACUGUGUUUAGUGCUAAAUCUCACCGCAGCCUUAUUCACACACUUUGUCUGUCCUUCACCCGAGACCCCUCGGACUUCACCUCAGCAAGCCAAUGGUCAUUGAGAAUCAAACCUCACGCAGUUGUAUACAGUAGCAGCCGGUUAUAUUUGUGUAAAUCAAGCAAUAGCAAGAACUGCAAGCAAUACUGCUUUGCAUUAAAUAAAUGUUUUUUUAAUCCUAUUAAAUAUAAUCAUUUUAAUAUUAAACGAAUAAUAAUAAAACCAACUGCUGCAAAGAUGCAACAUUGGGCACAGUGCAUCGCAACAUGUGCCAUAUGAGGGAAUGGUUUUAUUCAACGUAAUUAACUUGAGCUUCUAUAAAGUUUGUGUUCAUGGGAUUUUAAAUGGCAGGUUUUCGUAUCUGCCGUUCAGGAAGAUUUUGGGAGAGGGAGUGAGUGUUAUUUAUUCAGCUGAGUCAUGUGAGUGAUGCAUCUCGCCCUCAUGUUACUGGUGAAUAUUUUUCUGCUGCAGGUCAUUUUUUCUGUUUUCUCAUCUUUUAUUUCUCUCUCCAGCUGAGUAAUAUUUUAAAAUAUCAGUUAUCUCUUUUUAAAAGUAACUUUAAUUCAAUACUUGCACCAUGUAAGCACUUUUGUACAUUCUUUUUGUAUUUAAAAAUGACAAAACAUGGGAGAUGUGAGGUUACUGUGAUAUCUCGAGUAUUUCCGUUGCUUAAGUUUUAAUGUAUGCAGCUUUUGUAAUAAAAAGGCACUUGUUAACAGUA